AGCAGCGUUCCAUGCGUUUUCUACGCUCUUUAACAUGGCGGAAAGUUUGAGUUUAGACUUUCCUCUCAUCAAGCGCGAUUUGCUCCGCUCUCGCCACGAGUGUGCCCUGCGCGGACUUCGCCAGAGCGCCAAGUGGGCGUCCGAGCUCGCUUACGCGCUACGGGACAUCGAGGCGUGUCCGCCGGACCUGGCGCCGGCGGCGGCAGCUCGCGAUGACGACUUGGACGACACGUAUUACCUCGCCAAGAGUUACCUGGACCUCAAUGAGUACGAUCGGGUGGCGUACUUCACGAAGAAUGCCACCGGCACGACGCGGUUUCUCCACUACUACGCGCGGUACCUGUCCGACGAGAAGAAGCGGCUCGACGACACUGUCGAGCCCAUAAUGGCUACGGACCGUGGGGCGAGCCAAGAGCUGAAGGAUCUACAGACCGAGCUGAGGGCCCUCCGACCCAAGCUUGACGGGUUCUGCCUCUACAUCUACGGUGUGGUACUCAAGCGUCUUCAGCUGCGGCAGCAGGCCAUCGACGUCUUUGUCGAGGCCGUGCAUGCCGAACCCCUGCACUGGGGCGCCUGGCUGGAGCUGUCGUCGCUGGUGGCCGACUGCGACCACCUGCGGAGCCUCGAACUGCCCGACCACUGGAUGAAGAAGUUCUUCCUCGGCCACACGUACCUUGAGCUGCAGCUCAACGAGGAAAUGCUCGAGACGUACGAGCAGCUUCAGAAGGGCCCUUUCCUGGAGAGCACCUACCUCAUGGCACAGGUUGCCAUUGCGUACCACAACAUGCGGGUGGUGGACAAAGCCAUCGAGGGCUUCCAGCAGCUGCGCAAGGCUGACCCGUUCCGGCUGGACAACAUGGACAUCUACUCCAACCUGCUCUACGUCAAGGAGCUGCGCGUCGAGCUCAGCCACCUGGCUCACAGCGUGUGCGCCAUCGACAAGUACAAGCCGGAGACCUGCUGCGUCAUCGGCAACUUCUACUCGCUGCGGGCCCAGCAUGAGAAGGCUGUCCUCUACUUCGGCCGUGCGCUGCGGCUGAACCCGAACUACUUUGCCGCGUGGACGCUCAUGGGCCACGAGUACAUGGAGAUGAAGAACACCAACGCUGCCAUCCAGUCGUACCGGCAGGCCAUCGAGGUUAACCGCCGGGACUACCGUGCCUGGUACGGGCUGGGCCAGACAUACGAGAUACUAAAGAUGCCCAAUUACUGCCUCUACUACUACAGGCAAGCGCAGGAGCUGCGACCCAACGACUCACGCAUGAUGGUGGCACUGGGCGAGGCCUACGAGAAGCUGGACAAGCACCACGAGGCCAAGAAGUGCUUCUGGCGGGCCCACUACCUCGGGGACUUUGAGGGGCUCGCCCUGUUCAAGCUGGCUCGCGUCUACGAGCGCCUCGGGGAAAGCCAGCAGGCUUGCGCAGCGUUCACCGACUACGUGCGGCAGGGUGACAGCCAGUGCUACCGGGCUGACCGCGAGGACUUGGCGCACGCCUGCCGCUUCCUGGCCAGGUACCACUUGGCCCAGAAGGAUCUCGACGCGGCGUAUGAGUUUGCGCACAAGUGCACCGAGUUCCCGGAAACCAAGGAGGAAGCGCGGGGCCUACUCAAGCAGGUGGCUGAGGCCCGGGCACUCCUUGAGCAGGACACGGGAGGUGGGGAGAUGCAGGUUGAGGAAGAAGAAGACGAAGACGACGACUCACUCCUGACCGGUCAAGACUCGCUCAUCUGUGAGAUCACGGAUGUGGGAGGCUUCAGGACUCCUAACAAGUGAUUGCUAGUGUAAAUUAUUGAAGUGUUUUCCAUUCUCUCGCCUAAAGGGCGACGGCUGCAACAGGGGAUGCAUCAGUGAAACCUGAAGGUGACUGUUGUGAUGACGAGAAGUUUUGCGCUUCUGGACUAAGACACUGUUGGUAGGAUUGAGGGGUGGAUUUGUAUAUUGAAGGCGAUGGUGAUGUGAAAGGAAGCUCUUUUCUGGCUAGAGAAUUACGAUGACCUGCCUCAUCACGGGUGGUAAUGUUAGAGCUCUCAUUCAAGUGAACUACUGCAGGGAAUUACUGUGACUGCUUUCAUUACUUGUGUUAAUAAGACUAUUGCUGCAGUUGGAGUUAGAUUGGCAAAAUUUGUUGGUAGUUUUAUGGCGUGUCACAUUGUGAUGUGAAGAAGUUAGGCUAAGUGGAAACUAUCGGAGCAUUCCUGGACCCUGACCACGGCGGCAGUGAAAUACAGGCUGAAGAAAAAGGAGGUGAGAAAGGCAAUGAUUAGCCAUCGGGCAAACGAAACUCUGGCAACGUCGGUGAGGGUUCGAGACCUGCAACGAGCGGCCAUUGCCAUAAAUCAAUGUUUCUUUUGCACUCUACAGAUUUGAUGGAUUUAUCAGGAGCAGGGUCGGUUUGUAAGAAGCUCUCAGCUCACAAUUUGAAAUUAGGAUAUAUUUGAAAAAUAUAUCCACUGACACCCAUUUCAUUGAGCUGUUGUCAGUUUCACAAUCAUGAGCUCGGCCAUAACAUCCACGUUGCUGCAUCACGUAGGAAAAUGAAACACUGUAUGCCACAAUGUUCCUGGAUGAGGACUGUGGUACUUGAGACAUGCGAAAUAGAGAGCAGAUAAGUGAGACUAGGACAUGGAUUAUCAUUAAAAAUGACUGUGUCAUUAUGUCAAAUUGUGAAGACAGUGUUUUUUGUUUUAUGUCACUUUGAGAUAAAUAGCUUGUCUUUGUGUUUACUGUUAGUAAAAUUCGCCCGUAAGCAACACUUGCAUAUAUUCAUUUUUCCAACAUAUUUCAUUUUUUGUAUAUAUCGACAAUUUAGUUUGAAUAUUUUCAUGUCUGAAAGUUACUUUAGCCUGGGCACCUCUCAUGUAAAACCCCUCUUGCUGGGGUAUGGGAGGUACCUUAGACGACAAAAUAAUGAUAAUAAUCAUUCAGUGAAUAAAUUUUUACUUUAUGUGCCCACGACGAACCAAAGGUCUAAAUACUGGUGCACAGAGCAACAAGAAAGAAGGGUAAAAAGGUGAAAACUACGACCAAUAGUUAUGGAUAAAAA